AUGUCGGGCUCGGCCCCCGAGGAGCCUCAGCCCCGUGUCCCGCAGAGCACAGCCGGGGCUCCCCAUCCCGCUCCGGCUGCUGCCGGGCCCGGAGCCCCAGGUGACGUUUCCCUUGGGGAGCAGAACCUCAGCUUCACCACCACGGACGUGAGCCUGGUGGAGAUGAUGGAAAUUGAUUAUAGCCAGCUGCAGCACAUACUUUACUCACACACGGAGGCACAAGGUAGCGAAGGUGAAGUGGAAGCCAGGCUCAGUUCUUUCUCCUUGCCUGGUAAUUCCACAGACUCCUCUCUGCACCAGACCCCACUGAACACCGGGCAGGAGGAAUGUUUGUCAAACAGCUCUGGGAGCCAGUUGGUUUACUCAGUUCUCUGUCAGUCGGGAUUACCUUCUGACAGCAGUUUAAGUUCGAACCCGCGUUUGAGCGGUGCUGACUUCCAGGAGCUCAGAACGAUGUUACUUAGCGAGCCUAACCUCCCUUUGAACCAAACAGAUAAAACGCCUAGCUCUGUAGAAGUCCCAGGACACAGUUCAGUAAAAGUUAAAUGCGGUGAAAACCGUGUUGGGACGAAUAAAGGAAAUGUACUUGCUGAAAAUUUGGCGCUGGCGCCAGAGCCUAGACCUAAAUCUGCAGUCAGAGUUCGGUUGGAAGACAGAUUCAACAGCAUCCAGACAGAAAACCCCAGAUGUCAAGAACCCCAAGAAUCUGCAGUAGCUCUUAACAAUUUAGUAACAUUGAUUAGACAGCCAGCGGAACUCAUAGGUGUUCCUCGUCACCAACAAGAAAACAAGUGUGCUGCUGUAGGGCAGAACAAGACUGCUCCCGCCCCGCCUUCCUUACAGUUCACAUACCCGUUAUUUACUAUGAGUGCAUGUCCUACUGGAAGUGCUAAUCCUUCACAAGUACAGACCUCGGGAACAUCUUGCACUAUUUUGGAAGCUCCCAGACAUCAGGACCUUGGGAUACCCAAGACAUUGUCUUUCUGCUAUCAGGAAAUUGAAUCCACAAAACAGACAGUAGGUGCCGUAAAUAAAGCUUUGCCCGAGGAAGUUUGGAUUAAAGUUGGAGAUACCGUAUGCAAGCAAGAGAUGAGCAGAAGUAGGCGCAGCCGAAUAAGCCCAUUGGAUCCAAACGCAGAUCGCAAACCCCUGGGGGAAAUUCAAAAUCUGCGUGUCGACAGCCAGAGUACCGGGCCUGCCCAGGGGCCGUGGCAGUCGGCGCAGCCUGGGUUGGCCCCGCAGGCGCAAAGCGGCGGGCAGGACGGAAUCGCUCAGCGGCGGGAAAGACAUAACCGCCUGGAGAGGGACAGAAGGCGCAGGAUCCGGGCUUGUUGCGAUGAGCUGAAUCUGCUGGUUCCGUUCUGCACCAUCGACACCGACAAGGCGACGACUUUACAGUGGACAACUGCGUUUCUGAAGUACAUUCAGGAGCAGCAUGGUGAUUCUCUGAAACAGGAAUUUGAGACUGCGUUCUGUAGUAAAACAGGCAGGAGACUAAAAGUAGCAAGACCAGACUCAUUUGUAAUGUGUCCAGCCCAGGAAAACACGCAUGGCUAUGGAGAGCAAGUAGCCUGA